CUUGACGCGACAUUGUAUGGCGCUCGGGGCCGCCAGGGGCGCAGGCGAGAAAACUGGAAGGUGCGGGCCACGGGGAUCCCGAUCCCGCGAGAGGACAUCGAAGCCCAGGAAGACAACCAAAUCCUUACGGCACUCAGCGACCAGACGUACACAGAGUACUACGAUCGCCGGCAGGGGAUAACUGGCACAGCAGCUGCCCAACACCCGCCCACAGGCAAAAGCUUCCACACAUAUGCGCCCGAACUCGGGGGCGAAGGGGACGCGCAACACCAGGAAGCCGGGUGGGUAGCGGAGGGGGUUGCGCUCCUGCGGAAAACCGGCUGGGACCCGCAGCUGGUGGAGCCCUUCAAAACCAUCCCGAUGAUCGAAGCGGAUAACAUUCAUUUCGAAUGCCG